UGCCGUUUUGUUUAACAGGCGGUUACUAGCUACUGGUCGAGGGCAAACAUUUCCCGGUUGCAGAUUUGGGGUUGCUUCAGCAUUGGUAUCGCUCAUGGCUUCGCCGGCACCGCCGGACUCGGCCACCACCGGCCGAAACGCUGGAAAGUCGCUCGGGUUUAUCUCAAACGCAAUGAAACACAGACACAACUUCAUUCAGUUCUUCGCAAUGACCGGGAUUUUGCUGCUGAGCGUCCGAUCGUUGGGCCAGAAGUACCGCAUCCACGAUCUCCAAGAGGACACCGCCGCUCUCAAGCAAGAGCAAGAAUCUCUCACUGACCGCAUGAAGAACAUAAAACGUGGACUCCUCCACGAGGCCUCUCUCGAGCCCACUGGUCUCUUCGCCUCUCGCCUCCGCCUCCUCUUCGGCGACGAUAAUUAGACUCUACUGAACCCGCUGGCUAGUGAGCUUCUAUAAAAAAAUAUAUCUUUAUUUUGUCAAUUUUACGUUCAGAGACUGGAAUGAAAUUUUCAGGGGGUUUAUGUUCUGCUCUUUGGGUUAAUAAUAUAAGUUGGAAUCUUUCUUGAAUCUGGGAAA